AUGAACAUCGACGAGGACCUCGAUGCCUUCGCCGUCCGCGACCUCUGGCGCUCCUCGAGCCUCGCGCUUCCCGACCUAGAAGCCUCCUCAACCCUCUUCCCCAACAUCGAGCUUGACAUAACCGCUAUAAAGCUCGACAACCCCUAUGCUCCCUCGAAAGACCUCGAACAUGACCUGCGCUUGCCGGAUCUCGAAACCUUCCAGUAUGGCGUGCUUGAGGACCUGGAUUCCGGUCAAGAGUCGACCGUAUCGUCCGCGGCGCCGCAACAACCGCCCGAAAAUGAAGUCAAGGACAAGGAUGUCUGGGAUACUGUCGCGGACCUUGCCCCGGCACAUCAGGACAUAAGAUUCCAGUCGUGGGAAGCGUUUGGAAAGCCAGGCUACCAGGAACCCAGCCAUACCUAUGUCGGUGAAGCGGGGCCCGAGGCGUUCGAUGUCGCUGUCGCGCAACAACAGGAUGAAGAGAAGAGUAAAGGUUCGGGAAGGAUAAUACGGGCGGAUAUACUUCUGCAGUCGUUAUACAACCUGGGACUUGGCCGCUCGUCUGCUCUGUUUCGCUUCGAUGCUCAGAGCCAAGCAUUCGCGCAAGCAAUUGAAGAUGGUCGCAUGUCCGGAUUCAGCCUAGAAUCGGCACAAAGUUUGAUUAACAACUUCAUUCAAGGCGGCGCGACAGUCAGGUAUCUCCGAAACAUGGUCGAAAAGACGUAUGUGACGAGCAAUGCCUUUCCUGCGCGGGUGGCUUUGGCGAACGCUAUAGGAGCAAUUCUAUCUGCGCUAGAAAACCACCUCGGCAAUCAAGCAACCUCUGUUAACAGUCUGCUGCAACUUCAAGAUCUGUUCGAGCGCCCACACCGGAUUCUUUCCUUGCUGAGGGAGAUGGUGGAGGCAGUGAGGACUACGCGCAGUAACGAGGAACUGGUAACUCAACUAUAUAUCCGGGUCCAGGACAUGGAUCAGGGUGACAACUGGUUGCGAUCAUUGUUUCUGGAAAUUCUGUCCAAAGUCACAAACCCCUGGAUCCAGUUCGCCGCGGGGUGGGCUGGCUUGAGACACGGGUUUGAUGCCAAAUUUGGCAAGAAAGAGCUCAAAAAUAGCUUUGCUGACAUUGACGAAGCUUCGGAAGACCAAACUGAAAGCUCGAAGAGAGUUGAGCAUAUUUACCGGCCCGAGAAUAUGCCCAUCUUUAUAACGGAUGAAGACGGCCGGAUGAUAUUCGAGACUGGAAAGAGUUUGCGCUUUCUUGAAAAGCAUCAUGGAGGCCAUCCUCUAUGCGCCCCACACUCGUCCGGUGUUCAUGCGCCUCCUCUCGAGUGGAAGUUUGACUGGGAGGUGAUGGAGAACGUGGCCGCAAAGGCAAAGGAUUACGAGAGAAGUCUUGUCGACGCGAUACACAAAUUUGGACAAAAGACUCAAGAUGCCGCGAUGGGUGAACACUCAGAGCUAGAAAUCAAAAAGCUUCUGUCCGAGCCGCAGCUCACUGACACUGAAAAGUACUUCCAAGACACAGCGAAACUCUUCGACCAAGCUCCCACCACCGAGGAAGCUGGCGCUUCGGCGAUUCUCCACCGCUUAGUUGUUGACUGCAUUUCCGUAAAGGCCGCUGAUGAUGAAAACGCAUUCACUUUCGCCCCGCCUCUAUCGGUCACUCCUUCCUUGUCUCUUACGCCACUUUUCAUGGCGCAGGCCCGCCUCGUCAAUGCCACGACGCUCCGUCUCUUCUUCAGGUCUCAUGGACUACGGCUGCAUCUGGCGGUACAACGCCAAUACCACCUGCUCGGCGAUGGAGUUUUCAUGUCUCGCCUGACUUCUGCGUUAUUCAGUCCCGAGCUCGAGACCGCAGAGAGAAAGCGCGGGACCGUGCGAACGGGAGCGCCGAUGGGGUUGAAGCUGGGAUCACGGUCUACAUGGCCGCCAGCAAGUUCAGAGCUGCGUCUGGCACUGAUGGGAGUCCUGAGCGAGACGUACCACUCCUCGGAGCUGUACCAGACCUACAAGAACGACCCUUCGGUGAAAGCCCAACACGAGGUCGGCAUCAGAGAGACGCCGGACCUGCCAGGCAACCUCAGCUUCGCAAUCCGGACGCUCCCAUCGGCGGACAUUGAAAAAGUCAUGGACCCCAACUCGCUGCACGCGCUCGACUUCCUGCGCCUGCAGUACACGGCGCCGCCGCCGCUGCACCUGGUCAUCACGCCCUCGGCCCUCGACAAAUACGACCAAUGCUUCAAGCACCUCCUGCGCAUCUCGCGUAUGCUCUUCGUCGUCUCGCACCAGCUGCCGCGGCACGGCCUGCCGGGCGUGCCCGAAAGCCACUCGCUGCGCGCCGAGGCGCACCACUUCGUCACGAGCAUCGCGGCCUACUUCUUCGACAGCGGCAUCCGCGAGACGUGGGCCGCGUUUGCGGCCUGGCUCGACGAGCUGGAGCGCCGCUUGGCGGCCGAGGACGCGCGUGGCGAGCUCGGCACCCGCGUUACCGAGGGCUUGGAGAGCGUGCGCGCGGCCCACGACGCGUGCCUCGAGCGCAUGCUGUUUGCGCUGCUGCUGCGGCGACGGCAGGCGCAGCUUCUGGCGCUGCUGGAGGACAUUUUCGAGGCAGUGCUGGGGUAUGCCAAGAUCGCUGCGCGGUACGAGCACGAGCACGAGCAUGAGCACGCUGUGAGUGCCGACGACGCGGCUGCCGUGCCCGCCCUGCGCGCCGCGUUCCGCAGCAAGGUCCAGGUCUUCAUGAGCGUGUGCCGCGGGCUGGCGGGCAAGCGGGGGUAUGCGCGGGGCCAGGCCGCGGCGGCGCUGGGCGGCGGCCUGUUUGGCGAGAAGAGCGGGGUGCUGGCCGAGGAGAACACGAUUGAGCGGCUGUUGGUGCGGCUGGAGAUGAGCAAGUAUUAUGGCGCGCAGCCGGCGAGGGGAGAGGGUGAUUGA